AGCCAUUAUACAUUUGAAAAGUUUUGACGACUUUAUUGUGCCGAAUUUCAAAGUCGAGUACGUUGGUGUGUAGUGUAUCUCCUCGCUUUUUCGCUGAGUUGAGAUCCUAAAUAUCCAAAUUCUCCUUUGCUGUUCGGAACAAUACUUUGUUAUUGUGCUGCGGUGUCGGUUGUGCAAUAAUAAAUAACCAUGAGACUUAAAAGUGUUGUGUUGGUGGGUGCAAUGCAACAAAUGAAACACAUCGACUUUUUGCAUUUCCUAAGAAGGAUUUCCUUAGAAAUUUGUGGAUGUCUUUCCUUGUGCCUACGAAUCCUCUUCUGCUCGGUCUAUCAAAAGAGCAACUGCUCAGGAAACGUGUGUGUGAAAAACAUUUCGACAAGCAGCAGUUUGACGCAGAAGGCAAAAGACUUCGGUUUUCUUACCCUUGCCUAUUUAGGGAUGAUGAAAUAGCACACGGUGAACCUCUUGCAGCACUUGGAACUGUGCCACAUGCUCUGAGUGACCACAAUUAUUUUAAAGACCAAGAUGAUGAGGACAACACAAUUGAACAAACACUUGUCAUAGGAAGGCCAGGCGAAGACUUCCAUGAGCAUCCAUCAUGCUCAUAUUCUCAAGUCGAGCCCUCCAUCCUGCAGAAUAAAGACGUGAUAGCAGUAGAGGAAAACUCAUCAUCUUUACCAAAAGUGAUUGAAAAAGCUGUUCAAGAAGUCUCCUCGGCACAUACAGAUGUGAUAGCAGUAAAUGAAGGCUCAUCAUCUUUACCAAAAGUGAUUGAAGAAGCUGUUCUAAAACUCUCCUUGGUACAAGCAGAUGUGGUAGCAGUAGAUGGAGGCUCAUCAUCUUUACCAAAAUUGGUUGAAGAAGCUGUUCUAGAAGUUUCCUCGGCACAUACAAAAAUUAAACCUACACCGUCCCGUUCCGCCCAAGAGAAGGAACUAACACGGAAACCUAGAGGUACGAUUAUGAAGCAAUUAAGUUCAAAGGGAAGAAAAUUCGUUAAGAACGUGAUGAAUAUUGCGUCAACAAGUUUGGGUCAGACAAGCGAACAAAGACUUUCACAAGCUAAAUCCUAUGGAAGUAACGAGCAGUUGUUUAAGAAUUUCGACCUACUUAACAAACAGGCACAGACUGUUUUGCUAAUGCAAUUAAAGCAAUGCCGUAACAACAAAAUGGCCAGAAGGUUCACGAUGAAGGAAAAACUUAUGGCUCUAAUGCUGAUGAAGCAAAGCCCAAAGGCAUACAAACUUUUGGAAACAAUGUUCGCUUUGCCCAAUAAGAGAACUUUACACAGACUUUCUGAAAAAAUAUGUAUGAAACCAGGAGUGAACCCACAGAUAUUUUCCCAUAUCCGAAAUACAGUGAACCACUGGGGACAACAGCAAAAGUUAUGCUCAAUAGUAUUUGAUGAAAUUGCAUUGACACCAUACUUAACAUACAACGAAAGUAACGAUCUAAUUCAUGGAUUUGUGGAUGUGGCUGGCGAAAGAAAAUUGAAGUUUUGUGAUAAUGCCCUUGUCUUCAUGGUAAGAGGCAUAUGUUCUUCAUGGCGGCAAUGUAUUUCAUACUACUUCUGCGAAGGAACAACAUCUACGGCCGAAAUGCAGGAAAUUUUAAAGCAAACCGUGGCAGAAGUAGCUCAAACAGGACUAAUACCUUUAGGACUAGUUUGCGAUCAAGGAUCGACCUUUAGAACUGCGAUCAAAAAGUUCCGAGAGGAGACAAUACGUAACUGUAAUCUCGAAGCUAACACGAAAGAUGAUGGCACAAUUAACAUUGCUGGGCAUAAUUUAAGUAUAUUUUUUGACCCGCCCCAUCUUCUAAAAGGGUUGAGAAACAAUUUUCUCAAUAAAAACAUUAUAUGGGAAGGAAAGAGGGCCUCAUGGAAAGAUAUUCAAUUUAUAUACGAUAUAGAUAAUAGAUUGGGACACACAAGGGCAUUACCCAAAUUAACUGCACAUCACGUUGAUCCAGACAAAAUAAAAAAAAUGAAGGUCAGCGUAGCGGCGCAAGUUUUCAGUUCACGAACGGCGGCCAUGCUAAACUACACAGCUGCGCUUAAUAACCUUCACAAUGGUUCAGACUCAAGUGACACCAUGGAAGCUACAGCGGAAAUCAUCGAAUUUUUCGACACCCUAUUCGACAGUGUCAACGGCUCCCCUGGCGCCACCACAAAAGGGAAACUGAGAAAAGCAGUUAAAAAAAACUCAGCACACCAUCGUUUCUGGUUAGAAGCCAUUGAAAAAUUAAAAAAAAUACAUUACCAAGAUACAAAUAGUAAAUUGGCUGAAAGGCAAGGAAAUCCUCGAAUGGUUCGAGUACCGUCACUGGAAGGAUGGAUUGUAACACUAGAAAGUUUCAGUAGGAUAUCGAAGAUAUUGUUUGACGAAUUUGGCGUGGAAUAUUAUUACCCUCGGUACAUAAAUCAAGACCCACUGGAAAACUUUUUUGGUAGGGUGAGGGCUCUCAAUUACAGAAAUGUGAAGCCAAAUGCGAAUAGUUUCAUUUAUACAUUUAAAUCAUUACUUUUGUCCAAUUUGCUGAGCCCUCAUUCUAAAUUUGCAAAUUGUGAAGUGGAUAGCGGAGAGACAAUAUUAGACGCAAGUUUUCUCUUCGAGCUGGAUGAUGAAAACAAAGAAAAUACAAGUCCCAACAUCAGUUCUCUCCCAUCCACUUCACAAGAUCUUCCAAGUGGGUCUAAAUUAGAAGGAAUGAAAACAAAAAAGACGUGUGGCACUCGGGGGACUGCCGCGGUAAAGCUAUUGCAUAGCAUUUUGUAUCAACUUAUGCAAUUAUAAUUAUUUAUUUAUUUUAUUUAUGCAGUAUUUCUUUUUCUUUGAUAUUAAUACCACCAUAACCAACCACCAGUAAACCAGUAUAACGAUAUGAUCUCAGUUGAUAGGGAUCUCGAGGUUUCACUUCUGAUGGUUUUUCGGAAAAGACAAGUACGCUUGACAAGAGAUAAUGUAAACACUGGUAAUUCGUAGUUACUCCUGGUAUUUAUAUAUUCCAAUCGUUCACCGAGCGCACGACUCAAGAUAACCAAUAUAAAAGUGUGAACCUUGUUUAUUCAUAGUUACGAUACGUAUACGGAUUCACUUAUAUUGGACAAGUUGUAAGUCAUGGGAAUAAGCGCCUUCAACGGCGGUCUUUAUUAGGUAGCGUCAGGAAACAAAUAUUUAUAAAAAAUAUACGAAAUUAAAAUAAAUAGGCACUUUAUUUAUUUUAUGGAAAACAAUUUUUUUUCGCUAACACAUUAAAUAAAAUAUGUAAAACUGUAUGUAUUUUAUAUGUAAAA